UAUCGUCUGCAGCAGCACCAGCCACUGGCCCUGGCAGCGCCAUCAAGUCGCCUUGAUGAACCAUUAUAACUUUGACCGUGUAUUGUGACUAGACCUGCAACCAGCCGUCUGCUGACCCUAUCUCUUUUUUUCCUCUUGCCCUUCUCCUCGACCCCACCAUCCGUCCUCACCAUCGUUACAUAAAUCCACCAUCGAUCACAAUCUCCUUGUGUACACGCAAACAAACUUUUGUGUUAUAAUUCCCCCAGAUACACACGAGAGAGACACGGAGAAACACGCUGAUAAAAACGGCGUGGGAAAAGUACACCGUCGCGAUAUUUGCGUUAAGCAGCAGCAGCAGCAGACCUCGAGUGAGCAGGAUACAGCAGCAAAAGAAACUUCAGAAUCAUCAACAGCAGCAGCAGCAGUACCGUGAGAGAUCAGCUGUUGGGCAACAACAAGAGAAGAGCAACUGAGAGGGAAAGAAAGAGGGAAAGCGAGAGGGAGAGAGAGAAAGAGAGAAGCAGGCGCACCAAUACCAUGUACAACGUCUCUCGAGGUACUCCAAGCAGAAUCAUAAACAGAACCAGAAGAGAUAUAAACCAGAAACUCGAGACGUUCGAUCAGAUUCGGGAAUUAACCAGGAAGAGUAGUAAUAACGUAGAUAGCGAAGAGGGAGACCAUCACCACCACCACCACCAGCAAGCACAGGACCACCACCAUCACCACCAUCAGGAGGCGACGAUGACCAUUGUAAAAGAAACCAAAUAUCUUCCUACAAUUAUGAGAAAUGAAAGACAUCAACCUAUACCAAACAGCAGCAAGAAAAAGUGGAAGAGAAGGGAAAAUUAUGAUAACCAGCCCCAUCGACUACAUUAUGAUUGGAACAAUUUGCCAAUUCACUCUGUGGAGAGUAAGAGUUCACCGCGACCAGUAUUUCAGACAGUAAAUAAUAAAGGCUGUCGAUCUACAAAUGGCAAGGGCCCAUCCCCAGAAACCAUCUCUCCUCAGCAUGAAGAGCUUAUCAAAUUCUUCAAUGAAUCAUGGGGUCGCGUUGUAAAAGAAGUAGAAAUGAGCAGACAAAGUGGACAUGAUUCAAGAGGAGGUGGAAUUGCCUAUUACCAGGAGAAACACGUUCAUCCCGCUCUACAGGAUUUCAAGCCAUUCGACUUAGAUGCAUGGUGGGGCAAGAGACUGUACCAAAAACUAACCCAGUCUUAAUAAAACAAAAGUAUUUCUGUACAUGUAUUUAGACAACUUGUAAUGUACAAGUUUUUGUAUGGCUCUAUGUAAGUGUAUACAGUACAUAUGUUUAGGAAACAUGUUAAGUACAAUUUAUUUUUAUUGGAAUCUCUAAGGGAAACCCUCUUUUAAGAUAUCCUGAAGACAUAUUUGAAUAUAUAUAUAGUAAUUUGGAUGGUAACCUCCUUUUUUUACGGCAAGCACCCUCCCUCCCCUGAAAGAAAUAAUAAGCAUUUUGCUGUA